AUGAUGGACUCCAAACGCAAGGCCAAUGGCACUGCGACGUCGGACCCCGACGACCGCUCCUCCAAGCGACGCAAGCUAGCGGAGUUUGACCUCUCCAAGGGCGAGUCGCAGGAAUCGACUACCGCGUAUGGCAUGAAAUUUUUAGAGCAGAUACGGCGCACGGCAGACAAGAGCGGACGACUGGUCGCAACCUACUUCGAGAAACUCCUUCCGCGGGAAGGCAACCAAGACUACUACAAGCGAACGCGAAUGCCCAUUUCACUCGAGAUUGUCGAGGACAAAUUGAGCAAGGGCGACUUUCGGACCCUCGCGGAGCUCGAAAGCUACUUCAAGAGAAUGAUUGCCAAUGCAAAAGAAUUCUAUCCGCGGUCCUCUCCCGUCUUCGAUGACGCCGAGCGUGUGCGAAAGGCCUUGAGCAACUACAUGACCAAGACAAACCCGGCCUAUAGCACGCGCGGCUAUCAGGCACAGCCCACUCCCUUGCCGCCCGAAGAGGGCAACGAGGAAGGCGAGGAUGAGGACGCCGAGGGCGAGGAAGAAGACGGUGAGGGUGAGGGCGAGGGCGAGGAAGACGGUGAAAAAGAACCAGAAGAAGAACAAGAAGAAGACGCCGAGGCCGAGGAGGCCGAGCAGGCCGGGCGCUCUAUCGUCCUCAAACGCAGAGAAUCCGGCCGCAUCGCUCACAAUUCGGCCCCGCAAGUCGAUCCGAGCCCGCGCCAGUCGACGACUCCAGCCCGGCUGGAUCACCAGUAUGAGAACGUCCCCUACAAGGGGUUAAGUUUCCAGCAAGCUCAGGAGAAGAUUGUCGAGGAGCUUCUUCGCUACAACGAGCCAGAGUUCGAGGCUUAUUUCGAGCCCUUUCACAACCUGCCACCUCGAGCCUUGAGGGACUAUUAUCGCGUGGUUACGGACCCGCUAUCCCUCAAGAAGCUCCAGAAGAUGGUCAAGGGUGUCCAUGGCCGUCAUGAUGCAACUGGCGUGAGCGAGUUUAAGCACUGGGCGGCCUUUGAGGAAAAGUCCAAGCUUCUGUGGACAAACGCGUACUACUACAACGAGGAAGGGAGUGAAAUCUACGAGUUGGGACAGGAACUCGAGAAAGCGUUUAAUGAGCAUUUGAAAAAGGCACGAGCCGUGGUACCAGAGCCGACGCAGCCCAAGAUCAAGCUGAAGGUGGGCCAAGCGUCCGAAGUGCCAAGCUCGUCAAAGAAGAUCACCAUCCACGUGGGUGGGCGAGGAGGCUCCAUGGACUCUCCCGCCCCGAACCCAGCGCAGUCGACCGCCUCUCCCGCUGCUGGGUUGAACGGCGCGACGCGCGUCUCUGGCCGCUUGGAGGCGGCGCGCAGUAUCUCGGCGUCGGCCCCGUCUCCCAGCCCUUCGACUCAGCCCGGCCUUAAGAUGGAAGACAGCGCCCGCAUGUCUCCAGCGGUCCCUGCGCCGAUUCCUGGGAUCAUCCCCGUAGCGGUGCGGCCUCCGGGUCCUGUCAUCCAACCUCAACCUCAACCUCAACCUCAACCUCAACCUCAACCUCAACCUCAACCUCAGUUUCAACCUCAACCUGUUGAGAUCCAGCCGAUGCUUAAUGGCCACGUGGAGCAGAAGCGACUUCGCAGGGAUGGAAAGGGAAUCAACGACGCCCUCAUUUCGCGGCUGCGCCUUCAGCUGCAUCCAAACAUGCAGGUCGAGCAUUCCAACGUUCUAACCGUUCUUCCGGACCCCCAGCAGCCGCAGCAGUCGGCCACGGUCAGUCUGGCGCCGCACUACAACCGCGUCUUCAUCAUGCUCAAGCUGCCCGACUUUCUCUACGAGCGGCAGUACAGCCUCUGGGUCCUUAUUAACAAGCAGCCCCUCAAGCCGUGCUUGCAUCCGCUCCCGAACCAGCAGCAGCAAGAGAGGGCUUUCGAGGUCGUCUUGCACCCGGGAAUCAACGUCAUCGAGGCCCAUCUCAUUGCCGCCAUUCCGCGCAGCGAGCGCGAGCAAAAUGGGCCCGAGGCGGAGCUUGAGGUGUUUACCGUCUUUGCCAACUUGAUGAGGACUUGA